AUGCUGUAUCCAACCCUACUAACGGAACAACAUCUCAAUCAAUUUCAACUAUAACACAAGCACCUUCAAUCUUUGAUAUAUUCAAUGCUGCACAACUUUUCGUGAAUACUGAAUUGGUUUCUCUAUCUAAUAUUUCAUCUAAUUACAUCUUGAUUCUAUUUUACUAUCCUCUAACACUUCUUGCUACUUAUCAAAUAUACAAUUAUAAAGACUGCUGGUUACUUAUUUUACUUGCUGCACUUUGUAUUGCGUUAUUUUCCAUUGGAGUCAUGUUCUUUUGUAGCUUUAAAAUUCUGGAUGACCUAUUCAAUGAUCGAGAUGCAUUUAAAAAAUCGGCUCACACUUUUAUUUACGAGCCUCUCUAUAGUCAAUAUCAUGAUAAUCCAGAUAAUCCAGACAUAAAGCAUAGUCGUGCUUGGUUCUUUGUAUUCAAAAUAUCUUAUGAUUUCAUUAGAGUUGUCACGACUGGUAUAACACAAUACAAUGGUUUGAUACAAAUUAUGGGUCUGCUAGUUACAGAGAUUUUUAUUUUCUUUUAUUGA